CUAUUUUUUAAGUAGUGUGCCAUAAGUCCAUAACAGAGUAUACUAUCAUCACACCGUUUUUUCUGCCGAAACGAAAAAUUAAAAUAACAUUUGAAAUCGUAAUUCGUCAUCAUCGUCAACAAUAAUCAACAAUAACGCCGUUUCUGUCCACAUAACCUGUUGGCCAUUUCCGUGCCGCACUUUCCGACGUUCACUCGCCGCCGAUCUGCUUUGCUUCUAACCUUACCUCUGUGACGUACACCUCGCUCAGAUUGUUUCUCAGUACUUUGAGUUCAGUUAGGUUUCUGUUACAGAGUAGUUGACUUGGAAAAUUGGAAGAAUUGGUGAUUUAGUUACUUCUACUUGAUUAUGUGGAUUUCCCUUAAUUGGAACCAUGGUUGCGUGCGCGUGCUCUUUCUUGACUGUUGGGGAUGAAUUGAAGCUUAUUGAAUUAGAUUUGUAUUGUUAAUUUUGUACUUUCAACUAAACUGAGGGUUAAUUAUUUGUAUUGAGGAGUAAUAAUUAGAUUAAGAUUGAUUUGAGAGUUCUUAAUUGUGAACUGUGAUCAUGGAAGCUAGAUUGGGUGAUGAAGCUUAUCAUUUUUAUGGUGUUGGUGGUUCAUCUGAUUUGAGUGGUAUGAGGAGAAGGUCUGGAGAAUGGAAUUUGAAUGAUUGGAGAUGGGAUGGUGAUUUGUUCAUAGCUAACCGUGUGAAUCCGGUGUCAGCGGAUGUUCUGGGAGUGGGACAACAAUUUUUCCCUCUCGGGUCUGGGAUCCACCCGGUGGCUGGGGUUUCCUCCAACGCUUCUUCUUCGUGCUCCGAGGAAGGAGAUCUUGAGAAUCCCAAAAGGAGCAACGAAGGGGAGAGGAAAAGGAGAGUUAUUGUUUUGGAAGAUGAUGGUUUGAAUGAGGAAGCAGGUGGCCUUAGUUUAAAGCUUGCCGGACAUGCUUCACCGGUGGUGGAAAGGGAGAUUGCAAACUGGGAUGGUAUGAAUGGAAAAAAGAGCAGAGUAGCUGGAGGUGCUUCAAAUCGAGCUGUUUGUCAGGUUGAAGAUUGUGGCGCAGAUCUGAGCCGAGCUAAGGAUUAUCACAGACGUCAUAAAGUUUGUGAAAUGCAUUCUAAGGCCAGUAGGGCACUUGUGGGAAAUGCAAUGCAGAGGUUUUGUCAACAGUGUAGUAGGUUUCACAUACUUCAAGAGUUCGAUGAAGGAAAGAGAAGCUGUCGAAGGCGCUUGGCUGGCCAUAAUAAAAGGAGACGGAAAACAAAUAAUGAAGCUGUUCCUAAUGGAAAUUCAAUAAAUGAUGAUCAAACUAGUAGUUAUCUGUUGAUAAGUUUAUUGAAGAUACUUUCAAAUAUGCAUUCUGACAGAUCAGAUCAGAAUACAGAUCAGGAUUUACUAACUCAUCUUGUAAGGAGUCUUGCUAGUCAGAAUGAUGAACAAGGGAGCAAGAACUUGUCAAACCUUUUGCGGGAACAAGAUAAUUUGUUGAGAGAAGGGGGUUCUUCUAGGAAAUCAGAGAUGGUGUCAGCUUUAUUUUCCAACAGUUCUCAAGGCUCUCCAACUGUUAUAAGACAACAUCAAACUGUAUCCACGAAUGAAAUGCAACACGAAAUGAUGCAUACACAUGAUAUUAUGGCCUCUGAUCAUCACAUCCUGUCUUCAAUAAAACCCAGCAUUUCAAACAGUCCUCCAGCUUACUCAGAAGCCAGAGAUAGUAGUGCACAAAUAAAGACAAAUAAUUUUGAUUUGAAUGACAUAUAUAUUGACUCAGAUGAUGGCACGGAAGAUCUAGAAAGAUUGCCUGUUUCUACAAAUCUUGGCACUAGCUCUGCUGAUUACCCAUGGAUACGACUAGAUUCUCAUCAGUCAAGUCCACCUCAAACAAGUGGAAAUUCGGAUUCUGCAUCUGCCCAGUCUCCUUCUAGUUCUAGUGGAGAAGCUCAGAGUCGCACAGACAGAAUUGUUUUUAAACUCUUUGGUAAAGAGCCAAAUGAUUUUCCUCUUGUACUUAGAGCACAGAUUCUUGAUUGGUUAUCCCACAGUCCUACUGAUAUCGAGAGCUACAUACGGCCCGGUUGUAUUGUUUUGACUAUUUAUCUGCGUCAGACUGAGGCUGUGUGGGAGGAACUUUGCUGUGAUCUGAGUUCCAGUUUGAGUAAGCUGCUGGAUGUCUCAGAUGAUGUGUUUUGGAGAACUGGAUGGGUUCACAUCAGGGUGCAGCAUCAAAUGGCAUUCAUUUUCAAUGGUAAAGUUGUCAUAGAUACAUCACUACCUUUUAGAAGUAACAAUUAUAGCAAGAUUUGGACUGUAAGUCCAAUUGCUGUACCAGCAUCAAAGAGAGCUCAAUUUUCUGUUAAAGGUGUCAACCUGAUGCGCCCUGCCACAAGGUUAAUGUGUGCUUUCGAAGGAAAAUAUCUAGUCUGUGAAGAUGCUCGUGAGUCAACGGAUCAAUACUCCAAGGAUCUUGACGAACUUCAGUGCAUCCAAUUUUCAUGUUCUGUCCCUGUGGCAAAUGGAAGAGGAUUUAUUGAGAUUGAGGACCAGGGUUUGAGUAGCAGUUUCUUUCCUUUCAUAGUGGCAGAGGAGGAUGUUUGCUCAGAGAUCCGUGUGCUUGAGCCUCUACUGGAAUUAAGUGAAACUGAUCGAAAUAUUGAAGGGACUGGAAAAAUUAAAGCCCACAGUCAAGCUAUGGAUUUCAUUCAUGAAAUGGGCUGGCUUCUUCACAGAAGCCAAUUAAAAUAUAGGAUGGUUCACUUGAACACUGGUGUAGAUCUCUUUCCAUUAGAACGGUUCACGUGGCUUAUGGAGUUUUCCAUGGACCAUGAUUGGUGUGCAGUGGUGAAAAAGCUGUUGAACCUACUGCUUGAUGAAACUGUGAACAAAGGAGAUCACCCUAAUCUGCAUCAAGCACUUUCAGAUAUGGGCCUCCUUCACAGAGCUGUAAGGAGAAAUAGCAAGCAGUUAGUGGAGCUGCUUUUAAGAUAUGUUCCUGAAAGUACAUCUGAUAAACUAAAACCCACAGGCAAGGCACUGGUUGAUGGAGAGAAUCAUUGCUUCUUGUUUAGACCUGAUGCUGUUGGUCCUGCUGGUUUGACACCACUCCAUAUAGCAGCAGGGAAAGAUGGUUCCGAGGAUGUACUGGAUGCUCUGAUUAAUGAUCCUUGCAUGGUGGGAAUUGAGGCAUGGAAGAAUGCUCGUGACAGCACAGGCUCCACACCCGAGGAUUAUGCACGAUUGCGCGGCCAUUAUACUUACAUUCACUUGGUGCAGAAAAACCUUAACAAGAGACAAGGAGCAGCUCAUGUGGUGGUUGAGAUUCCCAGAAAUCCGGCUGAGAGUUAUACAAACCCAAAGCAAAAUGAGUCGUUCACUAGCUUUGAGAUUGGAAAAGCUGAAGUAAGACGUGGCCAAGGCCACUGUAAACUUUGUGAUUCUAAAAUUUCUUGUAGAACUGCAGUGGGAAGGUCUAUGGUAUACAGACCUGCAAUGCUCUCUAUGGUGGCCAUAGCAGCAGUAUGUGUUUGUGUGGCACUUCUGUUUAAAAGUUCACCUGAAGUUCUAUACAUGUUCCGACCCUUCAGAUGGGAAUCGUUGGAUUUUGGAACAAGCUAAGGUUCACUGGCUUGCAACUAAUAAAACAUGAUAGGUCAUGUAUGGAUGCGUUCAUAGACUGAAUGACUGAGAUUUAGGAUUUGUUCUUUGUAAUGUGGCUAAAUUAUGCAUAUAUUAUUUACAUAUUUGUUAUCCUUUUAUGGACAUACUUGUACACUGUAUGUGAAAACCGCUUUUGUUAAACCUCAAUUUGUUAGGAUCCUUGUAAUUUAAGUGUAAUAUUUGAAUGGAAUCUUCCGUGGAAUACUUGAAAUGGAGAAUGUAAUGGUUAAUGAUGACAACAACAA